CCGUCUUUCCUUUGAUCAAUGGCAGAUCGUAGACGCGUGGUUUUUGGAUGAGCCGUAGCCGUACAGUAGUGCAAACUAUUUCCUCUUUGAUUUUCUUUUCUUUUCACACUGCUCGUACGUUACCACCACAAACCGCGUACUGUCGGGUUUGAGCUGCUUACCAUUUACCAAACCAGAAACGCUUCAAAAACCGACGACAAUGGAAUGAGGGAUGUUGUUUGUUUCUUUCUCGUACGUUCAACUGGGUGUGGGUGCGACUACUUCACAGCAGUCACCAACCAGGGGCUACUGCCUAUUACACGCUCUUUCUGAGUCCAAAGGCAGAACCAAUAAAUGCAUGGUCUUUAAUCUUUAUUCAAGACAAGCAUCGGUUUUUAUUUAGUUUUGUUAAUCUCUCUCUCUCUCUUUUAUCUCUCCGCCGUGUGUAUGUGGCUCCUCGAGAAAUAAAGAAAGAAGAAAGAUGGUGGCUUUGGCUUGGGCUUGGUGCUAUGCAUGUUUGUGUGUGUGGGUUCUGGUAGGAGGUAGAGCUAUGGCAGCAACAGAGAGCUCUGGCGCGCAGACGAGAGAGCUGGACAAGACGCCCACAUGGGCUGUUGCUGGUGUCUGUGCUGUGAUCAUCAUCAUUUCCAUCGCAUUGGAAAAGGUCCUUCACAAGCUUGGAGCGUGGCUGACAGAAAGGCAGAAGAAAGCUUUAUUUGAAGCUCUAGAGAAGGUUAAAGCGGAGCUGAUGGUUCUAGGUUUCAUCUCACUACUCCUGACCUUUGGGCAGAGUUACAUUUCCAGAAUAUGUCUUCCUGUAAAGGUUGUAAACAAUAUGUUGCCAUGUUCUUCUAGUGGUGAUGACUCAACUACAGAAAGUCGUCGCAGACUAUUAUGGUAUGACCGUAGAUUUUUAGCGGCUGGUAGCUACGCUCCCAGUUGUAAGGAGGGUUAUGCACCACUUAUAUCUGUCAAUGGAUUGCAUCAGUUGCACAUCCUCAUAUUUUUCCUAGCAGUCUUUCAUGUGCUGUAUAGUUUUAUCACAAUGAUGCUUGGCAGACUAAAGAUUCGAGGCUGGAAGGAGUGGGAGCAGGAGACCGCAUCCCAUGACUAUGAGUUUUCCUAUGAUCCUUCAAGAUUCAGGCUCACUCAUGAGACAUCAUUUGUUAGAGCACACACCAGUUUCUGGACAAGGAUCCCAUUAUUCUUUUAUGUUGGAUGCUUCUUUCGACAAUUUUUUAGGUCUGUUAGUAAGUCUGACUACUUAACCGUGCGCAAUGGGUUCAUCACUGUCCACCUAGCUCCUGGAAGUAAAUUUAACUUCCAAAAGUAUAUCAAAAGAUCAUUAGAGGAUGACUUCAAGAUCGUCGUUGGAGUAAGUCCUGUGCUAUGGGCAUCAUUCGUGGUUUUUUUGCUAUUGAAUGUUAAUGGAUGGCAGGCAUUGUUUUGGGCGUCCUUAAUUCCUGUGAUUAUAAUCUUGGCUGUUGGAACAGAACUUCAAGCCAUUUUGACGAAGAUGGCUCUUGAAAUCUCAGAAAGGCAUGCAGUGGUCCAAGGGAUUCCACUUGUACAAGGCUCAGACAAAUACUUUUGGUUUGGUUGGCCUCAAUUAGUUCUUCAUCUUAUCCAUUUUGCUCUGUUUCAGAAUGCAUUUCAAAUAACAUAUUUCUUGUGGAUAUGGUACUCGUUUGGGCUGACUUCUUGCUUCCAUAACAAUUUGAAGCUUGCUAUUAUAAAACUUUGUAUAGGGGUUGCCGUCCUAUGCGUCUGCAGCUACGUCACACUUCCGCUAUAUGCCCUUGUUACUCAGAUGGGUUCAUCCAUGAAGAAAUCCAUUUUUGACGAACAAACAUCCAAGGCCCUUAAGAAGUGGCACAUGGCUGUUAAAAAGAAACGUGGGGGCCGGGGAGGAAAAUCCCCUGCUAUAACACUUGGUGGAAGCCCUGCCCUAUCAACGGUGCACUCCUCCGGACACACAUUGCACCGCUUCAAAACUACCGGUCACUCGACCCGCGCGUUCGCCUAUGAAGACAAUGAGACCUCUGAUUUUGAAGGUGAUUCUGUGUCUCCCAGCUCAUCUACAACCAAUUUGAUUAUAAGAGUAGAUGAUGAUGAGCAACAAACUGAGAUCAAUGAACCCCACUAUGAAGAAGAAACCAGAAAUGAAGAUGACUUCUCAUUCGUUAAGCCUGCACCACUAAAAGAACCGUGAUGCCUGCAUUGACAGUUACUAUCCAAAAUUAAUAUCAAUAUUUUGUUACAUGUAUUGUGAAAAAAAAAAAAAAAAUUAUAGUUAUUGGAAUCCAGCCAGCUAAAUAGAGGAAGCAUUUUUGUACAUUUACAGGCUUGUUCAUAAAUUUAGUAGCAAUUAAAACACAGUUGACUUUGUUCUAAUUUAUCUUAAUAGUUAAAGAAUGCCAAAUCUUCUCCUUCCUCCUUACA